UUCUAAAUGACAUUUUGAACACAUAUGUCAAUACAGCUUCCUACAUUUCUCCCGCCGCUUUUUAUCUUGCCCGCUAUAAAUAGUGUGGUCGCCGCCGAAACGACAUUCAGUAGCCUUCGCGCAGUCUACAGAAGUGCACGAUGAGAGUACUGAUUGUCGCCGCCGUCCUCGCCUGCGCCGCCGCAGCGCCCUCGGGCCUGCUGGCUGGUCCCUACGGCCAUGGUCUCAUCGGCCAUGCCGCUCCCCUGGCUUACGGCCAUGGCGCCCCUCUGGCUUACGGCCAUGGCGCCCCUCUGGCUUACGGCCACGCCGCCCCCUUGGCUGUAGCGCACGCCGCCGUCCCCACCAUCUCCCCCGGUGACAUCCAGGGCGCCGCCAUCGAUGCCCAUGUUGAGGCUGUUGACCACGUCCGCGCCGCCGUCGACCAGGCUUCCGAGCUCCAAGGACAGGCCAUCAACGCCGCCGAGGACCACUCGUGGCAGGCUGUCGAUGCCGUGAAGACCCACGAGGCUCAGUUGGACGGUGCCGCCGCCGGUGCCGCACCCAUCCUGGCUAAGCAGCUGGCCGGACACGCCGGAGUGUACGCCGCCCCCGCGCUCGCGCACGCCGCCUACGCCGCGCCCAUCGCGCACGCCGCCUACGCCGCUCCCCUCGCGCACGCCGGCAUCGCGCACGGCGGCAGCCACUCCGUGUCCUCGCAGUCCCUGCACCAGACCCACCCCGCCCCCCUCGUGCACGCUCCCGUGCUCGCUCACGCCGCCCCCGUCGCCUACGGCGCGCACGCCGCCCCCGUCGCGUACGCCGCGCACGCCGGCUACGCUCACGCCGGACUCGCUCAUGGUCUCUCCCACUGGUAA